AAAGCAAUGGGACUACAUGAUUUUACGAAAAUUCCUAACGGCGUGAAUGGGAUUGAAGACCGUAUGAGUGUAGUAUGGGAGCGAGGAGUUUAUCGCGGCAAAAUUGACCCCAUGAAAUUUGUUUCGAUCACAAGCUCAAUGGCAGCCAAGAUCUUCAACAUCUAUCCCAAAAAGGGAAGAAUUGCUGUUGGUUCCGAUGCCGACGUGGUAAUUUGGAAUCCCAAUGCAAGCAGAGUUAUCUCAAAGUCAACACACCACCACGCCAUUGAUUACAACAUUUUCGAAGGACAAGUGGUACACGGUUUGGCAGAAAUAACUAUCUCGCGUGGAAAAAUCGUAUGGACUAACAACCAGCUGCAGACUACACCAGGUUCUGGUAAAUUUGUGCCACUUCCACCAUUUUCUCCAAUCGCCUAUGCCUCUCAUGAACAAAGAGCCAAGAGCAUGAGAAGUUGA